AGGUACCUUAGCUACCAUGUGCUUGUGAAUUAUCGAGAAAAGAGAGAUGGGAACAUAUCAAACAGUACAAGAGAAAGAGAAAGCUUUGGCUCUUUUUGAGACCAAAGAAGCAAAGGGUAGACUUGCUUUUAGGCUGUUUUCUUCCUCCAUAUUCAUCGGCAUAUGCUUGAUAUGGCUCUACAGAUUGAUGAACGUCCCUGCAGCAGAGGAGGGAAGAGCAAGAUGGGGUUGCUGGAUUGGUAUGUUCAUGGCCGAAUUCGGGUUCGGUCUCUACUGGAUCCUCACUCAAGCUAUUCGUCGGAACGUAGUCCGUUACUUUCCUCUCAACGAAAGACUCCUCCGAAGCUCCGACGACGGCUUACCGGGAGUGGACGUUUUCGUCUGCACGGCUGAUCCGACGCUAGAGCCGCCAUCUUUGGUGAUCAACACCAUCUUAUCAGUGAUGUCCUUGAACUAUCCUACUGAGAAACUGAGUGUCUAUCUCUCUGAUGAUGGUGGAUCUCAGCUUACCUUCCAUGCUCUCAUGGAGGCUUCCCAUUUUGCCAAGCAUUGGAUACCAUUCUGCAAGAAAUUCAAUGUUGAACCAAGGUCCCCUGAGGCCUACUUCACCCAGGAUUUCGAUGUUCGAGACACUGUAAAUCCUGAAGAAUGGAUGUUCAUCAAGAAUCAAUAUGAAGAUAUGAAGAAAAGAAUUGAAGCAGUCACUGACAAAGGGUGUGUUCCUGAAGAAAUAAAGAAUCAACACAAAGGGUUUUCAGAGUGGAAUGCUGAUGUAACUAAGCAGAACCAUCAGCCCAUUGUGCAGUUUGUCAUUGAUGGGAGAGACACAGAUGCUGUGGAUAGUGCUGGGUGUCGAUUGCCCACACUGGUUUACAUGGCAAGAGAGAAGAGACCUGGUUGGCCUCAUCACUUUAAAGCAGGAGCCAUGAAUGCACUGAUAAGAGUGUCAUCAGAGAUAAGCAGUGGAGCAAUCAUCCUCAAUCUGGACUGUGACAUGUAUGCAAAUAAUGCAGACUCAAUAAAAGAAGCACUUUGUUUCCUCAUGGAUGAAAAGAGAGGACAUCAGAUUGCUUAUGUGCAGCAUCCACAGAAUUACAAUAAUAUUACCAAGAAUGAUCUUUAUGGAAAUUCUUCCCCAGUACUUCACAAGGUUGAACUUGCCGGAAUAGGUGGUUUUGGUACAGCCUUGUACUGUGGCACCGGCUGCUUCCAUCGACGAACCAGUCUUUGUGGAAGCAAGUAUUCCAAGGACUAUAAAGGGUUAUGGAAUCUGGAAACUAGAAAGGAUGAUACAAGAACAGUUAGUGAACUGGAAGAAGCAUCAAAAGUUCUUGCUAGUUGUGGCUAUGAGCAGGGAACUCUGUGGGGAAAAGAAAUGGGAUUGGUAUAUGGUUGUCCCGUGGAAGACAUUGUUACCGGUUUGACAAUCCAAUGCCGUGGAUGGAAAUCAGUUUACUACAACCCAGAUAAUAAGGCUUUCCUUGGUGUUGCUCCACCCACCUUAGAUAUAGCUCUUGUUCAGUUCACUAGGUGGUCUGACGGAAUGUUCCAAAUUUUCUUAUCCAAAUACUGUCCUUUCAUAUAUGGACAUAACAAGAUGAAAUUGGGUGCUCAAAUGGGAUAUUCUGUUUAUCUGUUAUGGGCUCCAUUUUCCCUGCCUAACCUGUAUUAUGCAAUUGCUCUUCCCCUUUCUUUGCUCCAUGGCAUUCCCUUAUUCCCAGAGGUUUCAAGCAGAUGGUUUAUACCCUUUGCAUAUGUCUUCCUAUCCAAAAACAUCUACAGCAUAGCUGAGGCUUUGAUUUGUGGAAGCACAUUCAAAGCUUGGUGGAAUCUGCAAAGGAUGUGGGUGAUUCGGAGGACAACUGCCUUCUUCUUUGCCUUCAUUGACUGCAUUGUCAGGCAAUUGGGAUUAUCUCAAACAACAUUCUCCAUUACUGCCAAGGUGGUCACUGAGGAUGUCUCAAAGAGGUACCAGCAAGAGAUCAUGGAGUUCGGGAGCACCUCCAUUAUGUUUACUGUCAUAUCGACAUUGGCAAUGCUAAACCUUUUCAGUUUAGUUGGGGUGCUAAAGAUGGUUUUCUUGGGAGGUUCAGAGUACAAAAAUAUCGAAAAACUGAUCUGUCAGGUUAUUCUUUGUGUGCUGAUGGUUAUGGUGAAUGCACCUGUGUAUGAAGCACUCUUCUUUCGUAAGGAUAGGGGCAGCAUACCUGUUUCAGUCAUGUUCAAAUCCAUUGUUGUAGCUUCAUUGGCAUGCCUUUUGCCUCUAAACUAGAACAAAAUCAUGUGGUAUUCUUACCAUGAAGUUUCUGUAAUAAUAUGAAAUAUCAUUUUUCUCCUCA